GUAUGGAAUUAAGGUGACAACUCCAGAAGAAAGCUUCACUCUGCUAGCAUCCUCACCUCAGGAGAAGGCUAAGUGGCUAAGGGCUAUUAACCAGGCUGUGGAGGCGGUGUUGACCGGAGAAGGGAGCGGUCCUGGUGUCCCCGCUGUCUCUCGUACCGCCUCCUACAUCUUCUACAAAGACCUCCGUCUGAAGGAUGCCUCCUACUCGGGCCGGUGGCUGUCUGGCAAGCCCCACGGCAAAGGGACCAUGAAAUGGCCAGAUGGCAGAAAGUUCACGGGGACCUUUAAACAAGGACUGGAGGACGGCUAUGGAGACUGUAUAAUGCCAAACAAGCUCCUCAACAAGAGUGAUCGUUACCAGGGCCACUGGAGAGAUGGGAAGAUGCAUGGCUUUGGGACGUACAAGUAUGCUACAGGUCAGGUGUAUGAUUGUAGUUCUCUCCAGGUAUGCUACAGGUCAGGUGUGUGCUUGUAGUUCUCUCCAGGUAUGAUACAGGUCAGGUGUGUGAUUGUAGUUCUCUCCAGGUAUGAUACAGGUCAGGUGUAUGAUUGUAGUUCUCUCCAGGUAUGAUA